GUGCUUUCGAACCUUUCUCAUCCCAUUCAUGCUGUAGUUUGUACUAACCAUUUUGUUCGUUCGCUAUGAUCCCCCCGCAGCCUCCUCAAGACGCUACUGACAUUUUCUCUAUUACUGACCAAGUUCUCGCCGACAGGUUACAUUUCAUUGAAGAAAUUGGCUUUGGAAAUUGGGGAAGCGUUUGGCUAUGUCGGCCAAAACCUGACCCCUCCUCCUCGACGGACUUGCCAAAUGCCACUAACGACUCCAGGAUUGCUGUCAAGCUCGUACACCGAUCUAAGACUUCUACGACCGCUGCACGCGUUAGAUCAUUAUGGAACGAAAUGAAAGUCGUCAGGUCAUUCAAACAUGAACCGCAUCCCUCUAUUAUUCCUUUCUAUUCUUUUAUCAUUACACCAUCAUAUGCUUUGAUUACAAUGGCUUAUCACCCCAAACUCGUCCCGGUCGAAGUCUCAGAGCACCACGCGAAAGAAUGGUUCCGCUCGCUUCUCUCAGGCAUCGAGUUCCUGCACAAACGUGGCGUUGUGCACAAUGACAUUAAGCCAGCCAACAUCCUCUUAUCCGCCGAGAACGUCCCUGUACUCGUUGACUUUGGUUUCGCAGAACGUUAUGACAUGUCUGUCUCUACAGCAUUCCACAGCAAUCUUUCGUACGGUACUCCAGAGUACCUUUCUCCUGAACGCGCCCGCGGCCUCCAACACGACACACGCAAAUCCGACGUCUGGUCUCUGGGCGUCACCUUCUUCGAGAUUCUCAUUGGUCGUACACCAUUUGAGUAUGAAGAAGGUGAACAGUUCUCCAGCAAAGAGGACCUUGAGAAAUAUUGGGCCCGGACAAUGAGAGGAAAAUGGGUUGGAACAUACAAGAUGUCUAAACACAUUGAGAAGUUACUCAAACGGAUGAUUUUACCUAAUGCCGAUUUGAGGUGUACUGCUACGCAGGCGAUAGAGGAUGCAUAUUGGACUAGCCCACCUCCACCGCCGCCUCGUUCUCAUGCACACAAGAAAUCCGCAAGCGUCUCACAGGUCCUCUCAACCUCCCUCACAGCCAACAUCAACCCAGACGUUUCCAUGUUGUUGGAUACAAUUCCGCCAUGGAAUGGUCGGCCGGCCAACUCUAGUAUCAACGCCAGUGACAAGGAAAACAAGCAAGAUGUUCACGGUCAUAAGCGUACAAAGAGCAAGAUUCCGGUUAUGGUCGACAAGGAGAACGGUCCUCCUGGUUUAAUCAUCGGACAGGGUAGGACGAAGGGUAAGGAAUCCAAGAGCAAGCAUGUGCGCUCACAGAGUCAGCCCAAGCUUCAGUUGGCAGACAACGUGAAGGCGACAUCUAAAUCUCGUAAACAUAUCGUUCUUCCAUCCCUCCUGGCAACUCUCUCCCCUAUCAAGCACUCUCCGCCGCCUUCCAACACAUUCUCGUCUCCUCCUCAACCUCCCAACAACGAGAACCUCUCAUCUUCUUUAUCUCAAGCCGUCAAUACCUCGGACAUCAAUUCUACUCGAAGCAAACCAAAUCACUCAAGAGGUGCCUCAAUGAAUGUCAAACCCUCACGUAAGCCUCUUGGGCCUCGCCAACCUACACCUCCCGGUUCUCCGCGCAACACAGCGACGUCCAAAGAGAGCAAGGAUGCUCUGGCGUGGCUGAACUUCAACUCUAUCUCACAUGCGGAUUUGAGUUCUUCCCUCCGCAUUGAUGGCGGCAAGAAUGAGGACUCUGCUGAGAAGUCUGGGACCGCUCGCUCGAGAGAUAGCGCGAAAGACAAGGACAAGGAAACUGGAAGCAAGAGACGUAGAAGCAACAUGUUCAUGGACUUAGCAGGCUCGGCUCGCAACGUUGACUUGAGUGCACAUACCCUUCCUCCUGUUCCCAAGAAGGAAAACGCUCGCAAGGAGAAGAGUGCUCGAGUCCGGGAGAUCAAUCUUUCCCAGGACAAGGAGAAUUCCCCGAGUCCUGUGGGGGCUCAUGUGUUUUCAUCGAAAGCUGGCCCUAGUGCAAAUGUUGCGAAUUCCAAUGGAGACAAGAAAGGUUCGGUUAGGGACCGAAUGCGCGAAUGGGAGAGGGAUCGUGAGAGGCUCAGGGAGAUGCAAAGAUUGGAAGAAAGACUGAGAGAAGCCGAAGAGGAGAGGAAUGACCAAGCUGAGAGGGAACGUCUGGAGGCGGAACAACUCCAACGUGAGAUCGAAGCUAUCGAACGAGAACAGCGCGAACGAGAGGAACGUGAACGGCAAGAACGAGAAGAACAGGAAGCUAGAGAAGCGGAAAGGAAGAGGAAGGAGGACGAAAUGAUGCAGGAGAUUGAGCUUGCUCGUGCACGAGAAGCUGAGAGAGUUAGGGCUAGUAUCAGUGAACGACCUUCAGGUAUUCCGAGACUUGCGGUUCAAGUUAACGUCAGUGGGUUCAAGGACAUCGAGUUGCCAUCGGUUCCGCCUACUCCUGCACCCGAGAUUGGUUAUUCAGGGCCGCAUACUCUCAGUCCAGUAAUCGAAGAAUCCUUCGACAGUCGAUUCCUCGACGUCUACCCUCGUUCAGGUAACGAGUCUGGGCUCAGUGUGCUCAAGAGCAGCCUCAAUAAUGCCUUAGACAAAACCGUCCGCUUGUACAAAUCCUCAACGCAUGCACUCAGCCGCUCCACCAACGCACUCGAUGUAUCUGGGUCUGUGUUCAUCGAAGCUGAAGGCAAUUCAAGACAGAGCGCUAGUGCGAGCGAGAGCUUGUCUUGGGAAGGCGAUGUGUCUCGUGAAUCGAGGUCAUCACUACCCGUGGUACGUCAGGUCGCCAGAACCGAACAAGUAGCUGCUGAGAACCAAUUGGAUCGUAUGACUUUGUGGAUCAAGAGCGUAGAAAAGGUCGUAGAGGAUGCCCGUCAGACCUUCGCCGCCUCGGCUCCUGGCAGCCACCUGCUCCCUCCCCUGCCAGUUGCACCAGUCUCUCGUAAUCCUCGUCCCGAUUCACAAAAUCUCAACAAGUCCCAACGUUCGUCUCGUGUUCCGCGUAAGAUCCUCGCGGCCAAUCAGAUCUUUGUCAACGAAUUCGAAUCUGGCGAGGUGUCUCCAAGCUUCACAUCAGACUACUUCAGCUCUGCUCCUCCCUCCGCUGCACUCAAUGGUACAUUCGCGAUCAACGAAACAUUGCCCACUAUUCCUUCAGAGAUGAACAGUCCCGCUCCUAUAUGUGAAACUCCGGCGACGCCUCCAAGGACCAGGGCGAGAAGAGCUACUGUUGUUACAAAGUCCCCCGAGGUCAAAGCCAACAGACCAAGUUUGGAAAUAGAGAUUGGUGACUCGCCAUCCAAGAGAAAGGAGAAGUCCAAAUCUCAGAAUGAUUUGUGCCGACCCAUCACCCCUAUCGCCAAGUUGGAGUUCGAGAUCGAGAGAUUUGCCGCCGGUCUAAGCCAACCUGCUCCUACUCACCGCCUUUCCGCCAUCGUAGAUAAGAAAGUGUUCAUUGCUGACAGAUCAGCCACAAACCUUGGUAUAACUGAUUCGCCAGAACGCCCUAUUAAACGCAAACAUGAUGACCUUACGGCUUCGCCUCUUCAUGUGGACCCGUACCCUCCUCGGCCUCAGUCGACCAAUCUCGACCUGGCUCUCGAUACACCCGCGAAGAAGCACAUCGAAGGUGUUUAUGAUAGAUUCCUCAUGUCAACCACUGGUGUGAAGAGGAAUGGAAAGGGCUACCAAUCAGACAAUGUCGGUCCUGUAGGCAACAUUGCUCAACCGAAAUGUGCUUCACAACGGAAGAAAGAGAACUUCUUCCUUUCCACACGCAAGCCCAUGCCACCUCCGGUCUCUAGCGAGGACUUACACAAGUCAACUUCCGUGGAUGAAUUCGGUGCAUUGUCGUCUUCCGCAUGUGUUACCGGUUCAAGUGGCAAAGCCGACGGGGCGCAUAGUGUUAGCAUCGUUCGACGUGCCCUCAGGACGAUUGUCAAUGGGAAACGGUGAUCUUCACUGCCAGUGUCCCAUCUUCUGACCUCCCUUUCUUUCUCGUUUCGUGCUCACCGUCGCUCGUUUGUCUGAAUGGACUUGUCUACCCUAUUACUCUCGCGUUCUCCUGGUUUUCCCCCGCAUUCGUACCGUACCUUCUGCUAUUCUGGUUUCAUUCGUCUUCAAACAUCACUUCCUUUCCCUUCGCAAUUCAGUGUCUACAUCAUUUGCUCUCCUGUUUGCUAUCUCACUUCAUCCUUUGUGUUAUCUCUUUGGUUUGCUGACGUCGUCAUCACGAUCUCGUUGAAUGUUUUCAUGUUCUCAUUUCAAGCUCUUUCGUAGCUACUGACCAUGCUGUCUUCAUGCUGACGUAAAAUGCAAUGAUCUUUUUGGUCUGUGACCAAUACUAUGAAUUAUAUGACAAAUACAAUCUAACUAU